AUGAAACCGACUCGAAGAUCUGGACGGAAAGAAUCUGAUGACGAGCAAGAGUCUUUGUCAUCAAUAAGUCUGUUAUUUCGGAAGCAAUUGCAUGAGGACGUUUUUUUGGAAGCUGCGAGAACCCAGCUAAAGCGUGAGAAAGCAAAGAUGACUGUCAACAUGGAUGUUGAGGACGAGCAAGCAGAGUGGGUGAAGAUAUCAAAUAUUCCAUCGAGCUCGGCGAUUGAUAACUUACUGUCAAGCUGUUUCAAGGAACUCACGGAGAAAGUUGGCGAGGAAGAGUCAAAGAAAGUCAUUUUUGAUUUUCUCGUCAAUCAAGAAACGUAUCGUAUCAACUCCAUGAAGAUGGCGAAUUUUAAGCUUGAUAAUGUUCUCAAACGAGCGAACAUCAAGUCAACUAAGAAAAAAGUUACCAAAAGAAGAGCCGAGUCUUCUGUUGGUGGUGACAAUAACGUAGAAAUUGCUCAACCGAAUGAGCCUUCAACAUCAAAUCAGGCCAAGAAAAAAGUGAAGAACGUACAGAACACAAUGAUUCAUUCUCUAAAAUCCAUCGGUAUCCUUUUCAAAAGCCGCGAACUGCAGAACGAUUUUUAUAAGCGUUCCUCUUCUUUCUUAAAGGAAAGAGCAGCGAAUAUCAAAAUGGUCGCCGCCCCUCUUGACAAAAACAACCCAUGUGACAACUUCUGUCACUUCAUCAAAAGAAAUGCUGGAUCAUUCGACGAGCGUUCUCUGACGGACAAGGUGAGCUCCCUGAUGAUAUCUUCGUUGAUGACAACCGUCUUGGCUGAUAUGGUCACCAAGGAUCCAGAAAGUUUCCUGGACACUGAGAAGGCAGCAGGAAACACAUAUGAUGUCAUGAUCAUUGGUGUGCGCGGAUGUGGCAUGAAUUCUGCGAGUUAUAGAAAUCGAAUAUAUGGAAAAAAUCCCAUUGAUGGAUUCAACCUCAACGAUUACGUGCCAAAGUAA